UAUACAGAUAUUUAAUUUGUUCAUGUUAAUGUGAGUGUUUGUGUUUAAUUCAUCUACAACUGAAUCCGAAUGAAAACAUUUAUUUCAACUCGUGUCCUGAUUUUAUAAACCGUCUGUCAGAAUGUGUCGUCUCUAAAAAUGUCUCGCUCUCCUCAGAACGACCUAAAAACAGGUCCUGGAGGAGUUCUGAUGAACUGGACCAGCGACCGUCAGCCGGACUGAACAGCAAUGAUGGCAGAACCAGCAGACCGGAUCGCUGUCCACAUUCUGUUGGCCAGUUAUCAGCAGAGGAGAAACACCAGGUUUCUCUGUUAUUAAUAUGUUUUAUGAUUCUGAUCAGUGAUCAUCUUCAUCCUUCAUCCUCUUCAUCCUCGAACAGAAUGAAGCUGAUCCAGGAUCUGCGGCGCCACCUUGUGUCUGAAACCACAACAAACAGCUGAUUCUGCUGCAGAGGAAUCACUAUGGAGGAUGAGUCUCAGCCCAGAGCCAACACACUGGACUGUGGUGGAGGAGAGAAGAAGAACAGAACAGUUGGCUGCUGUUGGCGGACGAGCAGGUUUCACUGGCUUCUUCCUGACGGACUCGUCGCUGCCGUCAUGAGUCCUGAGCUGCUGCUGCUCCUGCUGGCAGCUCUGACCUCAGAAUCCACAGCAGACAGCACCGGUCUGAAUUUCAUUGCGGCUUUUCCGGAGAACAUCGCCUUUUAUCAUCCUGAUGCACCAGAAAACAAGAUCAGAAUCACUGCCUUGUUUCCAGACACAGAGGUCAACAUCAAAGUCUAUUCCAAUACAGAAACAAGGACUCUGGCUUCUGGAGAGACCUGGGAAUACGCACCUGAGGCAACAAUGGAGCUCAUGGGAUCAGGCAUAUCUACCAAAAUUCUCCAAAUUACCAGCAACAACUUAAUCACUGUCCAUGCUGUCUACCUUAAAAAAGAUAGUGUGCAGACUACACUCUUAAGACCUGAUGACAAACUGGAUAAAGAGUACCUCGUCCCACCGAUACCGGUGAUCGAAGGAACCAGUCAUCCUGCAGACAUGGUCACACGCACUGUAGCUGAGAGAAGCCCAUUCAAACUCAUUGUCAUCAACACUGAGAAAGACAACAAGAUAACUGUUAAACAUGCAGAGCCCGAGACGGUUUCACUUCUGCCCCACCAGAUUGCUCAGCUCUCUCUAACAACAGAAGAUGUAUCGCGAGUUGUGAAAGCCGAUGAGCCGGUGGCGGUUCUUUUCGGUCACUCAUGUGCCAUCAGGGAGAACUGCACCUGUGGGCAGCUGUACACCUGGCUGCCUCCAGACAAACAGGAACAGUUCAAGUUCUACAUCCCUCCUUUUCUGGCCAAGGAUGCCAAAAGCGAAACACGUGUGCUUCUGUCAGUGGGCGGAUCCAACCACGUAAUACCCUACAAUCCAAACUCGCCGGUGGUCGAGACAGCUGGCACUGCCGUCCUCUACCGUCCAGGUGCAUUCUUCAACCUGAUCCCUGAGAAAGACUUUGGUUCUUGCUCCAUAAUUAACUCCAUCGCAGAGACUGAGAACUUUGCUGUGAUCCUGGUCCAUAAGGAUUUCACUGAUGGGGUUCGUGUUGGAGAACUUUCUUUGGAGAGUCCACAGUGGCAGCAGCUGGUCGGGACGGACUUUGUCUCAACAGAUGUUGCUCUGGCCUCGGGAAAGAACGUCAUCUGGCACACUGGCACCUCCAAAAUGGCAGUGUACUAUGUGGGAAUUAGGAAAGGUGCUCUGUUUGGGAACCCAGCACCCAUCAUCAGUAAAAUCCCAGACUUCAGGGGUUGCAUCGUGUCUCCAGAGGUCUUAAAAAUUGGAGAAGUGGCAGACGGCUGGCGAGAAUCUCUGAAGUACUGCAGUGACAACAACUUGGAUCUGAUGAGCUUCCCCGGGGCUCAACUCCAGAGCCAUAUCUACAACAAAAUUAUGCAGGUCAAGGAUGACAGCCUGUCGCACGUGUGGUUUGGCAUGCGUCGGAGCUCACAGACUGGGGAGUGGUACUGGCUGAACGGGGACUCGGUCAAUGAAACCAACUGGGGAGAGGGCGAGCCCGGCACAGAGGAUGAUGGCCAGUGUGCUAUCAUGAGUCUGGAAAGCAGCACAAGGUUUGCCUGGAGCGACGAGAACUGCUGCAGGAAAGCCCAUCCCAUCUGCUACAGAGACCCCGUCAUCUUGUAGUGGGACGAUCCGGCAGAGAAACGGGAUGGGAAACACGAACAACACUCUUCAAAACCAGGCAGGCAAACAUGAAGUGGUGCAAUGUCCUCAAGCUAAUAUUUUGCAUUUACUAAUCCUUUUUCUGAUAAUAAGAUUAUUAGAAUAACAUUUUAAAGUUAUUUCAGUAAUAUUACAGUCUAGAAUUACAAAUGGAAAACAUCAAAAAAGCCUAAAAAGAAUGGCAAAUGACUUCAGCCGUGUUGUUAGCUGUUGUUAGCUAAAACCUGAAUGUCACUGUUAGCCAUGUGGCCGAUGAGGUUUGCUCGUGGACCCAUUCUUGAUUUUGAAAAAAUGCAUCACCAGAUUUAAUGUCCCCCAUCACCCCAGAAAUGAAUCAAUGUGCGAUUAUACUGACCGGAAGCUAGCGCACAAGCUAGCUAGCUACAGUAAUACUCCAAUGAUAGUAACAGUAGUUAAGCAAGCUCGAUACCCAGACAAACUUCAGUCAACUCUUCAGUUUCCUAUUAAACUUAAAUGUGAUCUGUUUGUCUGUGGGAACCACUAAGCUUAAAAGAUGUUGCUGAUGGCUGAAACACGCCUUCAGAAAAGUUUUGUUUGCCAUGUAGUUUGAUGAGGUUUGUUUUCUUUCAGUAACAGAAAAAUAAGCUAACUUUAGCCCAGGUUAGCUGUUGAUCACUAGCUAGCUUGUUUUCAACAACCUGUCAUCAGCCAGCAGCUUUAUACAUUAUAGUGACUCAUUUAUAUGACAUGAUACUAGUUUAUAUAUCAUAGUAAAUGUCAGAAAAGAUUUUGGUCUUGAUCAGUUUGAAGUGGAUAUUUAGACCCAGGCUUCUUAAUGCUUCUUGGUUUUGCGGGCAGUGCGGUUGUACAUUUGAAUUCACUGAUUGUUGAUACGCAUUAUUUUUGAGGUCUUUACUCAAAAGGUGCUUGAGUUUGUUUUAUCACAUAAAACAAACUCAGUUUAUCUUUGA